AUGGCGACCGAAGCUCCCAAGAUCAAGGUUAAGAACCCCGUGGUGGAAUUGGACGGAGAUGAGGGUCUUGAAUACCGUGACCAGACUGAUGACCAGGUCACCAUCGAGGCUGCCGAGGCCAUCAAGAAGUAUGGCGUCGGUGUCAAGUGCGCCACCAUCACCCCGGAUGAGGCCCGUGUGGAGGAGUUCAAGCUGAAGAAGAUGUGGCUGUCUCCCAACGGUACUAUCCGAAACAUCCUCGGCGGAACUGUUUUCCGUGAGCCCAUUAUCAUUCCCCGUAUCCCCCGUCUGGUGCCUGGCUGGACCAAGCCCAUCAUCAUUGGUCGUCACGCUUUCGGAGACCAGUACCGUGCCCAGGACCGUGUGAUCCCCGGCCCCGGCAAGCUGGAGAUGGUUUACACCCCGGCUGGUGGCCAGCCGGAGACUGUCCAGGUCUACGACUUCAAGAGUGGUGGCGGUGUUGCCCAGACUCAGUACAACACGGACGAGUCGAUCGCGGGUUUCGCCCAUGCCAGCUUCCAGUUGGCCCUGUUGAAGGAGCUGCCCCUGUACAUGAGCACCAAGAACACCAUCCUGAAGAAGUACGAUGGCCGCUUCAAGGACAUCUUCCAGGAGAUCUUCGAGACUACCUACAAGAAGGACUUCGAUGCCAAGAACAUCUGGUAUGAGCACCGUCUGAUUGACGACAUGGUGGCCCAGAUGGUCAAGAGCGAGGGUGGAUUUAUCAUGGCCCUGAAGAACUACGACGGUGACGUCCAGUCCGACAUCGUCGCCCAGGGCUUCGGCUCGCUGGGCCUGAUGACCUCGACUUUGGUUACCCCUACCGGCGAGGCCUUCGAGUCCGAAGCUGCUCACGGUACCGUGACUCGUCACUACCGCGAGCACCAGAAGGGUCGUGAGACCUCCACCAACCCCAUCGCCUCCAUCUUCGCUUGGACUCGGGGCCUGGUGCAGCGUGGUCAGCUCGACGAGACCCCCGACCUGGUCGCUUUCGCUGAGGAGCUCGAGCGUGCUUGCGUCGAGGUGGUCAACGAGGAGGGCAUCAUGACCAAGGACCUUGCUCUGGCCUGUGGCCGCAAGGAGCGUGAGGCCUGGGUUACUACCCGGGAGUACAUGGCCGCCGUCGAGCGCAGACUGAAGUCUAACCUCAAGGCCCGCCUUUAA